AUUUCAGAUGAUGUUGAAUAAAAUAAAGAAUAUUGAGGUGACAUCCAAAAACAGUAAAUUCCUUGCAAAAUUGUUCUGCAUUUUCAUCCAUCCCUUAUGGAAUAUUCCAGGUUGCUUGUUGACAAUCAAAUUGGUCAUAAAGGAAUUGUAAGUUGCGUACCAGAAUAUGGAUACGAGCAUGAUGAUGACGAUGACGUAGACGUAGACGCAGUCCCUAUCUUCUGUUAAGCCUAUGAAAUUGAGCCAAACAAAUACUGCGAACCCGUCUGCAAAUAUCGUGUUUUGCCUCGUGAUUAGCGAGUUUCAGAAGACAACAGAAGAAAAAGACUAAAAUAUUAAGCCCACUGCUUGUAGUUGUUGCCAUGGCCAAGCCUGAUCAUCAGACUAGAAGUAUGACCCCUGGGGACUUUACCACGGUCUUAGCAUCUGAAGGGGUUGAAUUCCUUUUAUCCGGUGAAGGAAGGGUACCCUUAACUUCAUUUGAUAAUGAGAAGAUGAUCUGCCUAUUCUUCUCUGCAAACUGGUGCAGGCCCUGCAGAACUUUUACCCCCAAGCUGGUGCUGCUAUAUAACAUGUUAAGAGCACAGGACAAAGAGAUAGAGAUUGUCUUUAUUUCAUCGGACCACGAUGAGGAUGGAUUCAAUGCGCACUUCAAGACCAUGCCAUGGCUGGCCGUCCCAUUCAAUGUAAAUUUGCAUAAAAAAUUACGUGAGAGGUUUCAUGUUGUUCGCAUUCCCUCGCUUAUUCCAUUCAGCUCAAAUGGACAAUCAAUUGAAGAAGACGACGACUUGAUUGGAUUAGUUGAAGACUAUGGUGAAGAUGCAUUUCCCUUCACCGGGAAGAGAAGAGAAGAAUUGAAGGCUAUUGAUGAUUCGAAGCGUCAGGGAGGAAAAAUAGAUCAACUUUUGGCACAUCAAGGACGGAAUUAUGUUGUUUCCAGAGAUGGUGGAAAGAUAUUAUCAUCUGAACUGGUUGGGAAGACCAUAGGCCUUUACUUCGGUGCACACUGGUGUCCUCCUUGCCGUACUUUCACUGCACAGCUUGUAGAAGUGUACAAACAGCUAAUGAGCAGCAGGGGAGGAAGUUUUGAGGUUAUUUUGGUUUCUACAGACAGAGACCAGAAAGAAUUUGAUGUCAAUGUAAGCGGUAUGCCAUGGCUAGCACUUCCAUUUGAGGAUAGGACACGACAAGAUCUGUGUAGGAUCUUCAACAUCAAAGCCAUUCCUGCAUUAGUUCUGAUUGGACCAGAUGGGAAACCUAUGAGCACAAAUGGGAAGAGCAUUAUCGCCCUUUAUGGUGCAAAAGCUUUCCCAUUCACUCAGUCAAGUAUAGAAGAGAUAGAAGCAACCUUGAAAAAGGAAGGAGAUUCAUUGCCUCGCCAAAUCCAGGACAAAAAGCAUGAACACUUGCUUAAAUUGGACAUGGCCAGAGCAUAUGUGUGUGAUUACUGCAAAACACCAGGAAGGUUCUGGGCGUUCUCUUGUGAUGCGUGUGACUACGAUCUUCAUCCAACUUGUGUGGAAGAAACAUGUUAAGAUUGCUAUAUACAUAAAGGUUUUGAGAGAUGAACAGCCUCAGUUAUUCUGAAUAAUGUCUAUUUCUAGCUUUUUGGUGUGAAUAAAUGUCGCUAUACUUUGUAACCUCAGUAUACCAUACGUUAUACAUCAUCAUUCUUAAUAAUCUUGGAAACUGCUAUCGGACUUGGAAUACAUGA